GCUUCUGCGGACAGGACCACACUAAGCCCACCAGAGUGGUAGGACUGCCAUUUUCACUUGUGAGCUGUCCCCCAAAACUGACCAUGUCUAUUAUGGACCACAGCCCCACCACCGGAGUGGUCACUGUUAUCGUCAUUCUCAUCGCCAUCGCAGCCCUGGGGGCCUUGAUCCUUGGCUGUUGGUGUUAUUUGCGCCUACAGCGCAUCAGCCAGUCAGAAGAUGAAGAGAGCAUUGUGGGUGAUGGAGAAACCAAAGAACCCUUCCUUUUGGUCCAGUAUUCGGCUAAAGGUCCUUGUGUGGAGAGAAAAGCGAAGCUGACUCCUAAUGGCACAGAAGUCCAUGGCUAAGCUAACCCUUGGCACGGAUGCUCAUGGGUACUAAAUCUUGUAUACGACCAGCAGAAAAAAUGGAGAAGAACAAUUUGGAUAUGCUGCUCUCUAAGAAGAACUGAGUUUAAAUUCCAUAAUGAUGGUCUUGCUGGGUUUUGUUGUUGCAUGCACUGAGACCUGUGUCCUGAACCUAAACUCCUUGGCCCUGGGAGUUGGCUAACCUUUCUGGUGGUACUGUCCAUUGCAGGCAAUGGACAGACCAGGCCCUGCUGGUAUAAAAGGAAUCAAAGCAUUUUUGUUACUUGAAUGUUUAGCUGAGCCUGUGUUUGAUGGAGCUACUACUGUAAUGUGAACUAGCUAACAAAACUGUGAACUGUAAAUAGGCACCAGAAGCACUUGGUUUUUUUUUUCUUUUUUAAAAAAAUAAUAUAGCACAUGGAGCUGCUGGUCUGAAGUUAUUAUAAUGGCAAACUCAAUACGAAAGACUGAGCCCCAUGACCGUGGAAAAGGUUCUAAUCGUGGAGAGCCCAAGUUGCCAUCAGCUGGCUAGUUAGGAAUCACAAAUGUAAAUAUGUAAAGAAAGAGCUGUUGUUUUUAAGUCCUGUGGGUAACUUUGUAGAAAACAAGAGAUGAUGCUUAUUAGAAUUUGGCUUCUAUUGCAGGAAGCAGUAGCGCCCCCCUUCCCCCCCCAAAAAAGAAACAUGCCUCUCUCCUUUCUUAGGUAGAUUAGGCUGUUAACUCUGAAUAUUGUUAACAUUAACCGUGUAACUAUUGCAAGGAAGCUGCUGUAUUAUCUGGGAGCCAGUGAAGGAUGUGUAGCGUACACAGGGAUAGUCCAGAAGGUUGCCAGGCUAAUUUAUAGCAGCAGAGCAGUUUUUCCUAUGUGUUUUUAAAAGCAUGUUAAAAGUAUAGAAAUGUCUUUUCCCUACAACUGGCAUUACUUAGUGCUAGCUCGCUGUAUUUGCUAUGAUUUACAUGUGAAGAUAGGAAAUCUACUUUUAGUCUAAACAAACCCAACUGUCCCAGUAUAGACAGCAACAAACUAUUUCCUGCUAUUUAAUGUUUUCUGAACUGGAAAGGAAUGGCAAAAGAGGCUUAUGUCUUUUUUUCUUUUCAGAAACAAAAUUUCUCGUUAGCAUCCCACUAAUAGGUAUUGAAUUUUACUGUCCUCAGCAAAUCAGUAUAAGCAUGACUGGAAUUCUCUAAUCAGGCUUCAGAAACAUUCAGCAAGCAUGUGGUAAGCUAUAGGCAAAGAGCCUAAUGUUCAUUCAGAAACCACUUUUGUGUGUGUGUGUAUGCAAUUUAAUGCUUAUCAAGUGCUACAGGGAUAACUAAUGAAGUUUAGGAGGUAAAGAUUUCUAUUUUCAAAAUAAUGACUUUAAUCACAGUCUAGCCAGCUUCCCACCUCAAAAAACAAACAAAAGAAAAACGCCCAUAAAGUUUUAAUCCAUUGUCUUAAGUCACUUUAUGUACACUGGUAUGAAUUUUGCAAUAGAAUAGUAUAGGUUUAACAAGGCACAGUGAGAAUAUUAAUGUUAGUGUUAAUUUAAGCUUCAGUGAUUAAAAGAAAAUCGGUGCCUAACUUUAUUUUGUAAGAAUCAUUAAAGAUUGGCCACUAUGAAUUGAGCAAAUCAAAAUGUGCAAGUGACCUGGGCACAGAACUGUGGUGGGGAAGGCUGAGUAUGUACUAAGGAGAUAAUAUUAAUGUUAAAAAAAUCAAACUAAAAUGGCUUUCCAUCAUUCCUUCUUAUUAAAAUUUUGUUUUGAUGGGAGGGACUUAGAUUUUACAGCAAGGGUUCUUUAUCUUUUUUGCCAUGGACCCCUACAGCAGUCUCUUAAAACCUAUGAUGCCCUUCAUCAGAAUAUUUUUAAAUGCAUAAUAUAAAAUACUUAAGAUUACGAAGGAAACUAAUUGCAUAGAAAUAGUUACCAAAAUAAUUUUUUUUUUGAAGUUCAUGGUCCCCAGGUUAAGAAUCCCUGCUUUGCAGUAAAGGUUCUAUUGGGAUACAAGUCAAACUGUGGUUAAUAAAAGUCACACUUCUUUGGAGCCCCAAGUUGGGGAUGCUGGAAAGUACUCUAGGUUUAAGAGAGACAAUUGUAAGUGCCAAUAUAACGGCUGCUUAUGGCCUGUGAAUUAAAGGGAGAACCAACAUCCAAGCCCAAGGAGGAAAGGGUUGGUGAGGUGUGCAAGCUGAAAAUGAGCAAAUCCUAGGAGGGGCCACCAUUGACCUAAUCGCACAAAAACUGCCGAAGCUUUCUACCUCUUCAUCAUUGUGCUCUGUAGGGAAAACAGUCCCUAUGUGGCCAGCAAAGUAAUCCAAGGGCAACUUCACAUUUGCAUAUUAUGGAGUAUGCUGAGGUCAUCUAACAAAUUCAUGUCUGGCUUUUUGUAGGGCUGAUAAUUUUAAAAAUACUUUUCAUUUCUCUAAAUUUUAGGGAAAGAUUUUUUUCCUCCACUUGGUCACCAGAGAGAACUUUUAACUUUGCUCUUUUUAUUUUUAAAAUCAGACUUCUUAAAGACAGGCAGUGUUUGGUGGAAAGUAGCAUUGCCACUUACUAGAUUGAAGCUCUGCUUAAGAUGGAAACACCAAUAAAAGUGGCCAGUAAAAUGGCAGGUAAAGAAGCAGCUUUUACCAAGCUCGCCAAUCAAUACAUAUUUAGCUUGUAAGCCCUUCGAUCACUUACACAGUCUGAAGAUUUACUAACCUCUCAAAGCAACUCUAAAUAGUUUAUCACCUUCAGACUUGCUGAACAGGUGGCAAGAAGGAAUGAUUAGAAAAUUAUAGUAGGGGAAAUGCAAGAAUUGUUUGUUACUCUCACUUAAAGAUGAACUCCUCUUUUUCUGAUUGUUAUCCCUGAGGACCUGUACUACUGUUUUGGUCUCAAACCUACCAAGUUUGUGCAAUAAAUUAUAUAGGGAAUGUUUCCCCAAGUUGAAUGAUCAUCCACUUUGAUUUUCUAGACCACUGAGAAAAAUUUUUAUUUACAAUGAAUUUCAAUAAAAUUUGCAUAAAUUAUCUUCCCAGUA